UGCGUGCAACGGUGUAUGAGAGCAAUCACGCACUAAGUGGCAUUAGUGAGAUGAAAUCUCGGAAAAGUCGCUGAUGCUGUGAGGUUGCUGACUGUGCUCCGAAGCAAAUAAUAUACUUGCACUUGCGCUGAUAUUGAAACCAAGGGCUCGGCAAUGGCUCGUUUGCUGGUGGCUGCAUAUUUAGUGCUGGGACUCCUCCUGGGACCGGCAUCCGGUUCGUACGCUUCUGACGAUCUUCUGUUUGUCGAGGAAAAUGACACGCCAAAGGUCAAAUGGCUCGUACCUCACGAUGAGCAUAAUGAGCAUCUGUUGUUCAGAAGGAAGAGGUCACCCAAGGGUCCAGCUGCCCUGAGUACUUUGUUUGGUAAGAUAGAGCCAGGGGCUUGUCAGACUAAACUCAAGUGGCUCUGUGAAGUCACUGAUAAGGAUAUGGAUGAUCUAUUUUAUCUGGAAUGCGUGCAGACUUUCAAGCCAAACGAAAUUUCUACAAUCGAAGAUCAGUGUCAACAUGCAAUUUAUAACUUUAUAAGAGAAGUGACAGUCAAUGAAAAUAUUUAUAAAAUGACAAAAGAAGUAUGUGGGGAUAUUUUAGAUAAAGUACCGUGUCAAGCCACAACUUCAGGAUCGUAUUUAAUGUGCUUGAUAGAGAAGAAAGAAAAAAUUUCAGACUUGCAGUGUACAGACUAUAUUCAGAGGCUUAACUGGGUUGUCAAUGAUUUCAAAGUCAUUAAUACUGCCUUUGUUCCUGAUUGCUCAAAUGAUAUUUAUAACUUCCAGUGUGGAAGAAUUCUGCCCUACAGAGAUGUUUUACAAGGUCAGACUUUAGCUUGUCUACAACAGCAUAUUAACAAACUGGAAUCACCAUGUAGAAAGCAAAUAUUAAGAGUCACGGAACUUCAAGCUGACAAUAUUAAGCUGGACCGACAAUUACAUCUUUCCUGUAUCGAGGAUCGAAGGAAAUUUUGUCCAAAUACAAGACCGGGGAGUGGUCAAGUUUACAAGUGUUUGAUGCAGCAUAAAAGUGAAAGGUCAAUGACAGCAGAUUGCCAAGAACAGCUGGUUAGGAGAGAGAAGUUGAUUGCUUCUGACUACAAAGUCAGUCGAGGUUUGGCAAGAGCUUGCAAAGAUGAUAUUAGAACUUAUCGCUGUCGAAAGAACGUGUCAGAGGACAAGGAUAUAAAGCUUGCACAAAUUCUACUGUGUCUAGAGUCUGCUGUCAAGAAUGGCAGUAAAGUGGCUACCGAGUGUAGGGUUGAAAUGUUUGAUCACAGGAAAAUUCUUAUGGAGGAUUACAGAUUAUCUCCUGAAAUAGUUAAUAAUUGUGCCAACGACAUUCAGACCUUCUGUAAUAAUUUGGAAGUUGGUGGUGCUACUAUUCACUGUCUGAUGGAGUACAGUCGCGUAAGGAAGAGGAAGACCAGAGUUUCUACUACAUGCCAAAGAGCUUUGGAAGAUUUAAUUAAAGAAACUGAUGCUGGUGAAGAUUGGAGAAUUGAUCCAGUGUUAAGAGAAGCUUGUCAAUCUGUUGUUGAUGUAUCGUGCAAAGAUGUUCAAGGUGGUAACGCAAAAGUGAUAUCCUGUUUGAUGGACAAACUGGGAACAGAUCGAAUGAAAGAGUCUUGCGAAACUGCACUAGUUCAGAUACAGUAUUUCAUUGCUAGAGAUUACAAAUUGGACCCACAACUUUACAGAGCAUGUAAAGCAGACGCAGUGCAUUUCUGUCACGCUCAAGAUGCUUGGAUCAACGAUGGCACUCGGAUGGAUGCGGAAAGAGGUCCGCUUGUUCUUCCUUGUUUGUACAGAUACGCAUAUCAUCCACAAAAAAAUAUGACGCUAAAACGAGAUUGCCUGUACGAGAUAAGAAGAGUGAUGAGGCAGAGGGCGGUGAACGUUGACCUUCAACCGGAAAUUGAAGAAGUGUGCUUGGAUGAUUUAGCGUCGUUUUGCUUUGAUAAGACUGCCAAAGGAGAAGAAAUUUUAUGUUUGCAAGACAAAUAUGAUAGUUUAAACUCGAAUUGUAAAUUAGCUGUAGGAAACUUUACUGAAGAACAGGCAGAGAGGGUUGAGUUAAAUCCUGUUAUUACAACUGCUUGCAGACACAUCAUGGAAAAAUAUUGCGGGGAAAUAUUAAAGUAUGGUAAGGAUGAGGGAGAUAUGAUGGAUUGCCUCAUUGAACAUAAGAACGAAUUCGAUAGUAGAACUGACAGCAAGUGUAAGGCAGCGGUUGAACACUUUCAAUUAAUAUCACUGAAAAAUUACCAUUUUACAUUUAAAUUUAAGGAUGCUUGCCGACCUAUGGUGAUUAGAUGGUGUCCGCAAGCAAAAACCAAGUCUUCAGUUAUAGCGUGCUUAAGUAAUAUGGUGCAAACUGAUAUUAUAAAAAAUGCACAAUUCAGAAUUUCAAAGGAUUGUAGACAACAGUUGAAAGCUCAACUAUAUCAGCAGAGAGAAAAUAUCAAAUUCGAUCCUGAAUUACGCAAAGUGUGCGUAAAUGAUAUUAAACAGUGGUGUGGGGAUAUUGAACCCGGCCAAUCUAAGAUACUAGAAUGUUUAGCGAAUCAUAAAAUCAGAUUGACAGAUCCUUGUCACAGUGCAGUUUUUAGAAUAAGAAAACAAGAAUUUUCUGACAGUGCCAUUGAUUAUCCCCUCAUGAACACUUGUCAUUUAAUGAUCAAACAAUUUUGCCAUGACGUUGAUCGAUCCAAGGCUUUGGAUUGUUUGAAAAGAUACAAAGAUGAAGCCAUGUUUGAUGACAAGUGUCGAUCAUUUGUUAUACAUAGAAUGGCCGAACAAAAUACGGACGUUAGAUUUAAUCCAAAUCUGCAGUAUGGAUGUAUGGCAGAUAUUUAUAGGCAUUGUAAAAACGAAAUAAAUCAUGCGCCUCAAGAAAAAGAAGUUGAGGGCAAAGUUAUUGGAUGCUUGAAAAUUAAAUUUAGAGAGAGUAAGCUUACAGCUAAGUGCGAGCGUAUAAUGGAAAAUAUUCUAAGAGAAGCAGCCCUCAAUUAUCACCUUAAUCCUCUUAUUUCUACAAUGUGCGCAGAUGAGAUUAUUCAACUUUGUAGUCAAGACGAGACGAAUUCUCCAGGUAUAAUAGAGGAAUGUCUAAAGGAAAAAUUCACGCAAAACGACAAUCACAUGAAAGAAGCUUGUCGCAUUCAAGUGGCGGAAAUGAUAGAAGAAGCCAAAGCUGAUAUAAAUGUUGAUCCGCUGCUGCAGAAGGCUUGUGCGGUAGACAUUAGUAAAUUUUGUGGUAUGGUACCGCAAGGAGCGGGAAGGCACAUUAAUUGUCUGCAGAAUGUAUUACAAGAUGAGAAAAAGAGACUCCAGCCGGAUUGUUACACAAUGUUGAUAUCUAGGAUCGAGAUGUUUAGGAACGCUGAAAAGCUUACACCACCGGAGACGAUCGAGGAGUUGUACGCCACUGUUAAUCGUUCGCCGUCGAAGCGAUACUUUUUACUAAUAGCUACUUCAUUUCUAUUAGUGUUUUUUAUGGUCGGCAUAUCUUGCGGGCGAAUGUCCCGACGGACGUUGCUGAUGAAGAACAAAUGAUCUAUAAAUUGUGGACUGGCGAGCAGAAUUAUCAGGAUUGCGCAGUUACGAAGGUCUUUGUGCGCUCGCGAGCCUUGCGAGUUGUGAAUCGAACAAUGAUAUACUUACUCGCCGGUAACAAACAAUAUUUGCAAUUUUUGUACCUACACUGGCCUCAUUGAGGCCCCUGAACUCCACGUGUAAGAAGGCAAAAGGUUGUCUUUCAUGCAUUUGAAUGAAGCGCACGAUUAGAAGUUUUUAAGUUUUAGCCCUCAGUGGUGCAAGGCUCGUAAACGUCAUCUUUAUAAAGUUGAUGUAUAUUAAUAUAAGAAGAAACAAAUAAGCAUAUACGUCGGGCAUACUUGUUUUAUUAUAGGUUUUUUUAUAAAACAUAUAUACAAAGAAAAAUAAAUGACGGAAACAUG